CGUGCAGGACGUUGAGUCAAAGUACUAUGCCAACGGGGAGGAUGCGUAUGAGAUGCGAAAGUACUUUGGAGCCGGCAACAAGCGCCGCGGCGGCAGGGGCAGCAGCGGCGGCGGCAAGAGUGCGGUUGCAACGGAGCGGCGCGGGCUGGUGGCGGGCGAGGAGGUUGGCAGCAGUCAGGAGCAGGGCGUGGGAGUGGGCCAGUAG